GUUAUAUUGUCAGAUUUUUUUCUUUGAUGAAUUUUAAUAUUUGAGGCUCUGUGGUAUAAAUUUUUGAAGUCACUGUUGCUGUUCUGCAUUAGAGAUGGAAGAGAAUUCUUCUCUGGAACACCAUUAUUACUACCCUCUUCCUGCUUCUUCUGCUGCUGCAGAAGCUGAUCAUCCUAAUAAUCACAAUGAUGGUGACAAAGAAGAGACUUGUGCAGAGGAAGGUAGAUCUCAAUACAAGCCUAACACAUCACAGAAUUAUGUUUCAUACCAAAGCAAUAGGUCUCGCCUCAACGGAUAUGCACUUUGUGGUGCUAUCUUGGCUUCCACAAACUCCAUUCUCUUAGGCUAUGAUAUUGGGGUCAUGAGUGGUGCUUCUCUUUUUAUAAGGCAAGAUCUGAAGAUCACAUCAGUCCAAGUGGAAAUCCUUGUUGGGUCCUUAAAUGUGUGCUCCCUGAUAGGGUCUCUUGCAUCGGGGAAGACUUCUGAUUGGAUUGGGAGAAGGUACACUAUAAUGGUUGCUGCCGCAACAUUCCUGAUUGGUGCUAUUCUGAUGGGUUUGGCACCUUCAUUUCCAUUCCUAAUGGCAGGUCGUGUAGUUGCAGGCAUUGGUGUUGGUUACUCCCUCAUGAUCUCACCAGUGUAUGUUGCUGAGCUCUCUCCUGCUCUCACCAGAGGCUUUCUCACAUCACUCCCUGAAGUCUUCAUCAGUGUUGGCAUUCUACUUGGUUAUGUCUCCAACUAUGCCUUCGCAGGCCUCCCAAAUGGCAUCAAUUGGAGACUCAUGCUUGGCCUUGCUGCCUUGCCAGCAAUUGCAGUGGCACUUGGUGUGUUGGGAAUGCCCGAGUCUCCUCGCUGGCUUGUAGUGAAGGGAAGGUUUGAGGAAGCAAAACAGGUUUUGAUUAGAACAUCAGAGAACAAAGGAGAAGCUGAAUUAAGGCUUGCUGAGAUACAAGAAGCUGCUGCUUCUGCUUUCUUCACAAACAUUGACAAAGCAACAACUUCUUCCAGGGCCAGUCCAACAACAAGAAUGUGGCAUGGACAAGGGGUUUGGAAGGAAUUGCUUGUUACACCUACUCACACUGUGUUGAGAAUUCUUGUGGCUGCUAUUGGUGUUAACUUCUUCAUGCAGGCCUCUGGGAAUGAUGCUGUGAUAUAUUAUAGCCCAGAAGUGUUUAAGGAGGCUGGGAUUGAGGGUGAGAAGCAGCUUUUUGGUGUUACAAUCAUCAUGGGAAUAGCCAAGACUUGCUUUGUUUUGAUAUCAGCCUUGUUCUUGGACAAGUUUGGGAGGAGGCCCAUGUUGUUGUUGGGCUCAUGUGGCAUGGCAAUCUCAUUGUUUGUGUUGGGCUUGGGCUGUACCUUACUUAAGUUAUCUGGUGAUAACAAGGAUGAAUGGGUCAUUGCUUUGUGUGUGGUUGCUGUCUGUGCUACUGUAUCCUUCUUUUCUAUUGGGCUUGGGCCUAUAACUUGGGUCUACUCUUCAGAGAUUUUCCCUCUGAGGCUAAGGGCCCAAGGUUCCAGCUUGGCCAUUUCUAUGAACCGUUUGAUGAGUGGGAUUGUGUCCAUGACAUUCCUUAGUGUUUCAGAGGCAAUAACAUUUGGAGGCAUGUUCUUUGUGCUUGGUGGGGUGAUGGUGUGUGCCACACUUUUCUUUUAUUUCUUUUUACCAGAAACCAAAGGCAAGAGCUUAGAAGAGAUUGAAGCUUUGUUUGAAGAUCAAGCACAUUGAUUCUGACAGUAAGCUUUAGAUUAAAAAGCCUUGAUCUUUGUUUGAAGGUCAAGUCUUUAGAAGUUGGGAAAAAAAAAUAGUGCUGUUGUCCAGGAGAUUGGCACAUGAGAUAGUGGUUUAAUUUAUUGGUUUGCCUGACAAGGUACAUAGUGGUUUAUACAUUUGGAUAUAUACAUUGAAUAGAUUAUAGAUAGACUAGCGCAAAAUUUGACAUACCCGGGAAUGAUUCUCUCCCAAGAAAAAUUGUUUGGAAAUUGAAGCUUGAGCUUCUCUGUUUCAUUGGACAAUGUAUUUAUUCAGGUAUCUAAUUUUUUA